CGAAGAAAUCGGGCAAAUGAACCGCGUGCGCUGGUGAAUUGUGAGUGCCUGGCACCUGCCCUGAUUUUGCGUUUUUGUGAACUACUCCUUUGGGCCACCCAGGCGCAGCCGAAGUCAGAGAGAGAAAGGAGGGCGCCAGGAGCGAACCAUGAGCCCAGGUGGAUUGGAAAUUUCAUUGUUUGCCUUGAUGCUGUUGGGUAUCCUCAGCCGAGUCUCCACAAAUGAGCGGGGUAAGUGUGGAAGAAAUGAAUUUCAGUGCAGAAAUGGAGAUUGCAUCCCUUACAAAUGGAUCUGCGAUGGCAACGCUGAAUGCAAGGAUGGUUCUGAUGAAUCCCUGGAUGCAUGCAAAUCUGUGACUUGCAGUUCAACCCAGUUCAGCUGUGGUGGCCGCAUCAAUCGUUGUAUUGAUAUGUCCUGGCGGUGUGACUUGGAAGUGGAUUGUGAAAAUGGCUCAGAUGAAGACAACUGCCCUCCUAAACGUUGUGCAGAUAAUCAAUUCCAAUGCCAAAAUGGGAAUUGUAUUGCUUUUGAUUUUGUCUGUGAUGAAGAUGAUGACUGUGGAGAUAGCAGUGAUGAAUUAGACUGUCGUGCCCCAACCUGCAAUCCUGAAAUGUUUCAUUGCAACAGCUCAGAGUGCAUUCCCAAGCUCUGGGCCUGCGACAAUGACGCAGACUGUAAAGAUGGAUCUGAUGAAUCACCCGAGUUCUGUGGGAUCCAGCAGGGAGCCAAGAAAACCAAUCCAUGCUCUCCGUUGGAGUUCCAUUGUGGGAGUGGCGAGUGCAUCCACCAGCGCUGGCAGUGUGAUGGAAGCUUUGAUUGUAAGGACAGAUCAGAUGAGGCAAACUGUGUUAAAGCAACCUGCCGCCCUGAUGAAUUUCAGUGCAAUGAUGGGAUGUGCAUCCAUGGGAGCUUGCAGUGCAACGAAGAGCCUGACUGCAAAGACCUGAGUGAUGAGGUUGGCUGUGUCAAUGUGACAACUUGCAAGGGAUCAAAUGUAUUUAAGUGCAGUUCUGGAGAAUGUAUCAGCAUGGACAAGGUCUGCAAUGGAUUGAAAGACUGCAGGGACUGGUCAGACGAACCUCUUAAAGAGUGUCGAACUAAUGAAUGUUUGGCUAAUAAGGGAGGUUGUUCCCAUAUAUGCAAUGACCACAAAAUUGGAUAUGAAUGUUUGUGCCCUGAAGGUUUCCAGCUGAUUGAUCAAAGAAAAUGCGAAGAUAUUGAUGAGUGUCUCAACCCUGAUGCCUGUAGUCAAGUCUGUGUGAACCUGAAAGGAAGCUAUAAAUGCGAAUGUAAAGAAGGAUAUCAGUUUGAUCCACCCACCAAGGCUUGCAAAGCAAUUGGCACCAUUGCUUACCUCUUUUUUACCAAUCGCCAUGAGGUCAGGAAAAUGACAUUAGAUCACAGCGAGUACACAAAUUUGAUCCCCCAUCUUAAAGAAGCAAUGGCCUUAGAUAUGGAAAUCAGCAACAAUAAAAUCUACUGGUCUGACAACUUUCACAAGAAAAUAUUCAGUACCCCAAUUGAUAAGGCUGGCAACCAUUCCCACCAUACCACUGUGAUUAGCAGUGGCAUCAAGGUUCCAGAUGGCCUUGCUGUUGACUGGGUGCAUCACAAUAUUUACUGGACUGACUCGGGCCUAGGUACCAUCUCUGUGGCCAGCAGUGAAGGCUUGAAGAGGAAGACUCUGAUCAAGGAGGUCGGUGCCAAACCACGUGCCAUUGUGGUGGAUCCAGUCCAUGGGUUCAUGUACUGGACUGAUUGGGGGAUGUCUGCUAAAAUUGCCAAAAGUGGCCUGAAUGGAGUGGACAGUUUCCCCUUGGUGAAAGAAAGCAUUCAAUGGCCUAAUGGAAUAACAUUAGAUCUGACUACCCAUCGCCUUUAUUGGGUAGACUCUAAAUAUCACUCAGUCUCCAGUAUUGAUGUGAAUGGGGGAAACAGAAGAACUAUCCUUGUGGAUGAAGAGAUGUUGGCUCACCCUUUUGGCAUUGCAGUCUUUGAGGAUAAAGUAUUCUGGACAGAUGUCUUAAAUGAAGCCAUCUUUAGUGCCAACCGCCGAACCGGAUCAAAUAUUGUGAAAGUGGCAGACAAUCUCUUUUCACCAGAGGAUUUGACACUGUUUCAUUCUGUGCGGCAACCAAAAGGUACAAAUUGGUGUGAGAGGAAUGGCAUCCCCAAUGGAGGCUGCCAGUACCUUUGCCUUCCCGCUCCCCAAAUCAAUCUCCACUCUGCCAAGUACACCUGUGUCUGCCCUGAUGGCAUGCACCUGGACACCGACAUGAGAAGCUGCACCCAAGAUCCUGUCAUACCUGAUACUCCAACUGAGGCUGCUACAGCAGUGCACUCUGCUAAGAUCUCACCUACAGCAUGGGUUCCAUCUACAAGUAAGACUCUAACCCAGAAAACAAAUCAUCUGCCUGCAGAUGUGCUGAAUAAUGUUGUUACCAACAUCCCAGAACAUACCACCCAUGAGAUGGUCACCCUGUCCCAGCAAGUUCAAAAUGGCAUUGCUGCAGAAACAGAUGGGACACAACGGAGGGGUCCAUCAGCACUUGCUAUUGUUCUACCUCUGGCAUUGAUUAGUUUAGUCUCCUUUGGGAUUUUCCUCAUUUGGAAGAAUUGGCGUCUCAAGAACAUCAACAGUAUCAAUUUUGAUAACCCCGUUUAUCAGAAGACAACUGAGGAUGAAAUUCAUAUCUGUCGGAGCCAGGAAGGAUACACAUACCCAUCGCGACAGAUGGUCAGUCUAGAAGAUGAUGCAGCAUGAAACUGCCUCUAAACCUCAAGUGCCUCUCUCAGGACUUUGCUGCUUAUUUUCUGGGGAAAAGAACACAAAUGGUUUGGCUUCAGUUCUCUCCCAGGCAUCCAAUACUACUACUCCCUGAGUGACUUGAUGGAUUGUUCCCACUCUCCUUUAUUUUUUAAGAAGGAGGAGCAUUUGUCAGCUGCCAGUUUAUCAGGACAUUGAGCAAUUUAUGGCAUUGUUGGGUUUUUAUGUUUUUUCUAUAUUUAUUGUGCCCAGCGCUAACAGGACACUGGUACUCUGAUAUGCCCUGGGUCUCCUUAAUCUGACAUGGUAAGAAUAUUCCUAAAUGUGGAAAACAGGGAUUCAGCAAAGAGGAAUUCUUCUCUGGAUGCAAGUUUGGAUGUGGUGAGGUCUUCCUGUGGAGAAAGCUUUAUGCCCCAAUUUUUUACACAUGAAGUGAGCUUGGAAAGGUUGGGAAUCUAAAUUUAAUUUGAGACAAGAAGCCAAAGUCACCUAAUCCACAAGCUUCUAGAUGCCACUCUCCUUCCCAAACUAGACCAGAGAAGUUUUAAAAAUCCAUCGCAUCAUCCAUAUUGUCAACAAAAAACACUGAUUUUUAUUUUCUAACUCCAAAGGAAAAAAGCUCAAGGUAUUUGAUCUGUUGUGAAUCUCCCUAUUGAUUCAGGGUUGCCUGCUUUCUUCCAGCUUUCCCUGUCCAACCUACCAUGCACUUUUCUUUUUUGGUUCAGUUUGUGAUCUGCAUAGCCUGUAAUCUUGUAUAAUAAUAUUUGCACUUAAUUGUUUUCCUUGCCUCUCUGGUCAUCUGUGCCCAGAAAGUAAGAGGGUGGAAAAAACUAAACCAAUGACACAAACAGGCUGACUGGGGAUGGGGUUGUUGCUUUUGCUUGGUGCUGGGCCUCUUGUGCCUUUAGUGCAGAUAAACAAAAAAGGGCAACAGACUGUGCUGGCCAAAAAAACAGGAAUCGGAAGCCAUUUUUUUCAUAUUCCGUCUGAAGUCACUUCUGUACUGUUGCCUUAAUGCUGCAUCUCUCUAUUCUUCAGUGUUACCUUUUUAUACUUGUAACCCUUCCCUUCCUAAAGGAAAUGUUUUUUAUACUGGGAGGGAGAUGCACAAUGGAUUGUCCCUUUUUCACUAAGUUGUAGCCCAGAAUCAAUUUCAUGUGUAAUAGAAAGAACCCAUCCUAGAUGUGUCACUUUUAUAGUUGAAGGCAGUGUCUAUCACACAUUCUGAAGUGGGUGAAAACUAAGUGUAUUUGCUAUUUGGCAACUGAAUUUUCUGAAAUGAAAAUAAUAUCCUGACCACUUGCUACUUUUAAAAUACUGGUAUUGAUACUUACAGAGAGGUAGAAUUAGGAUAUAAAUAUAAAAAUACUGCUAUUAAUAUAACCUUUCUCAUUCUAUCUCAGAAACAGAAAUUGUGCAUCCUGUCUCCCUUCAGUAAUCUAGCAAUCAAUUGACUAGAAUAACAAGUGAGGAUUUUUUGCUCUUGGCCUGACACUUCUAAUUCCCUUCCCUUUGAGAGGAAAAGCACUAAAUGCAAGCCCUUAGACCUUUUGUCCUAAAACUGUGAAAGAUGCCAACCUCUUUCGCGUAGUAUAGAGUAUGUAAAUAAUGUAUGUGAUCCAUGUUAAGGUAUAGCUUUCCUUUGCACAAAAGUUGCCUUGUCUAUUUGUAUAUAUGUUCAUAAAAACAUGACUUAUUUAUUUAUAUGUUUAUAUUAUUGAGGUUAUUAAUUGGCCUUUUUUUUCUGUCCCACUUCACAUUGCCAUGUCUUUUUCAUUUUCCCUUCCACAAAAACUGCUUUUAGUAUAUCCACGUUUGUGUGUAUGAUGUAAAUGUUGCCCCUAUUUGAAGUAAGCCAGACAAGGUGAACACAGUACAGUAUACAACAUAGACAUUUGUGGAAGUGUACUUUUCAAAGAGAACACAAGAUCUAUUGCUAUUUCACAUGGUUGGGACCUUUUCCCUUAGACUAAUGGUUUGAGUCACUGAUUAUUUUUGCUCCCCUACUGGUGCUCUGAAUAGCGUACCUGGUAGGGAGGAACUGAUACCAAAUGAAUAGUUAAUUCUGUCUUCUGCAAUAUUUAUGAAUCUAGUUAACUUAAAAGAGGUAUAUCUUCCUUACAUUUAACUGCUUGACAGCAUUUUCAUAACUAGCUAUGGCACUGCAUGUUUUUGUUAUUGUUCUCUGUUUCCCAGGUUCGUUCUUCUGGGUUAGCAGAAUUGACUACAGUUGGAGGCAGCUGGGAAUCAAUUAUUUUUGGUUCUGGCGCCUUUUUGCUGUUGCACUGUGAAUUUGUAAACUUUUAAUUCUGCAUCACUGUAUUAGAAUUGCAUGUGAGUGAAUCAUGAAGGUCAACCAAAGUUUCUAAUGGUCAGUUACAGAAGGUUCUGUUGCUACAUCUUCAAAAAAGGACAAAAAAUGUAAUAACUUAGGGGCCUUAAAUAAACUUUUAAGGGUAUUAUAUUAAACAUCAUCAUGGAGGCUUUUUCUGAAAUCGGUCAGUUUGAUAAAUUGUUUUAAAGAAGAAAAAAAAAUCACAAGGUUGAUGAAAGUGGUGCCUCCUCUGCUCUUGGAGUGCUAAGCAGCUGCUUUAAUAUUUUAACCUUUGUCAAAGUAAUUGGUUAUUAAAAUGACAAUCCUUGUGAAAAGUCUCACCAAUUGGAGGCUGAACCCUCAAAACAGUCUAGACAUAUUCAAGAGCUUUUUUUGAUUUUGUUGUGUUCCAAAAUCUGCAAUUUUUUUACAUAAGCAUCAGUGAUGUGUGCUAGUGUGGACAAAAGUGUAGAUUUGGGGAGUAUUGUGCCAUUUUUUUCCCCUACAGCAGUCUAGAACUCUGUUCUAAUACUUCUGAUGCAUCUGUAUGACUCCUUCGAGCUGAAGAACCUUAGGGUGAAACUGUGUUCUCAUUUUAUGAAACUAGAAUCUUUUCGGCCUACAACUCAUGAGCCAAUGCACUUAACAAACUUGUUCUGGUCCCUGGAAUUCAGUUAGGUUUCCAGAUGCUUGUUAAAUCUCAGUGACUUUUUCAAGUUGAAACUUUUUCAAAAGCAGAAAAACCUGUGGAAGAUAGUUGGGAUUGGGUGGGAUGAUGAAGAGAAUUACCAGCGUUUGCUUUUGUUCACUUGCCUCUGGUGUGGUGGAAGGUUGAAGAAUGACUUGGAAUGCAGUGGAUGGCAGGGUUUCAGUCUUCAUGCUUCCAUGUGUUGAUGCUGUUGCCUUCCUGAUUGAGGCAAAGGAAAUCCAGGUUAAGUUAUUUUAAUUGGAUAGAUAAACUGGUUUUAUAUGUAAACAUCUGACAAGUAAAUUGUACCUUUACAGAUUCAUUGAGCUUUAUUUUUUUAAAUAUUAAACAUGCCUCUCUUGAAAUUUAUGGGGUAUUUCCCCACAUAUUGAAUGAAUUUAAUAAAUAUUUAAAUAUGCUGAAA